AGCACAGACUUUUACAUAAUGCAUAAUGUAUAACGCAUAAGAAAAUAAUCCAAUCAGAAAUCUUCUAUCCUGUGGAGAGAAAUGGACGAUUUUAAUUGAGCGAUUCUAUUAUGCGUUAUGCAUUAAGGUGUCUUUUCAUGCUGAUGCUUGACGCUCAUUUUAGCGUCAAAACAGGUCACGUGAUCAAACCUGAUGCUGAGAUUUUAAAAGAUGCAUGAAAAGAGGUUUAGCAUUAAGUUUAAAGCGUCAGUGUUCUGCAUCAGUGUCAGUACAUUGUGUUGUUCAAAUAUUUACAUCAUGUCAUUCAAAGAGAAAUAUCAUAUGUGGUUAAAUAAGUAUACAAGAAAGAUAUUAGAAAUAAAAUCAGUGACGUAAACUUUUGGCAGCAGUUCUAACGAACGGAUUACAACAACAAAAUAGAAAAAAUUAUCGUAGGAAACGUUAUUGAAACGUUAAAUCCAAUAUUCUUAGAUUGAUAUGUAACCACAGAUUUUACUAUUUGAUUUUUUCGAUUAUUUUGAAAGUAGCACGAUUUAGAAAUUAUUUUCGUAUGACUCCUACACAAUUUAAAAAGUUGUUGAAUUUAGUAACACCAUUUAUCGAAAAGCAGACAGUGGUUUGAAAGCCUAUACUUGCAACAGAAAGAUUAUGCCUGACACUAAGAUUCCUAGCUUCUGAUGAUUCGAUGACAUCUAUUUCAUAUUAAUACCUUAUCGGAUUAAGAAUGUUGGUGCCAAAAUGAUUUUCUUCAGAAUUGCUUGAAACUUGGAGGAUACCUUGAUCGCAAUAAAUUCUUAAAAAAUUUAGAAAGAUAGCACGUACAGAAAUUGAGAUUUUAUCCUUUGGGAACGUAGUUAACCAGUUGCAGCAGAACGUUAAAUGGAGCUCUUUUUUGAAAACCAAAGAUAAGAAUUUUGUACGACCGCAACGUUCCUUCAAGUAUGUAGAUCUAUCUGUCCGCCUCGCUGAACCAAAACAGUUAAAUAUCAAACCCAAUGUUGAUAAACUUGCAUUUGGGAAAUAUUUUACUGAUCACAUGCUUAAAAUACAUUAUUACGAAGGCAUGAACGGUUGGCAAAUACCAGAAAUUAUACCUUUCGAAAACAUAGUUCUUCAUCCAGCUGCGAAAGUUUUUCAUUAUGCUGUGCAGUUGUUUGAAGGGAUGAAAGCUUAUAGAGGUGUUGAUGGCAAAAUAAGAUUGUUUAGGCCAGAGCUAAAUAUGGAGAGAAUGAAUAACUCAGCAGUAAAAUCCGGUUUGCCUUCUUUUGGAGGGGAAGAAUUAAUUAAGUGCAUUUGCAGAUUAAUUAGUAUAGAUCAAGAAUGGGUGCCACAUUCUACUUCCUCUAGUCUUUACAUUCGUCCUACGCUCAUAGGCAUCGAUCCUACACUUGGAGUCGCAACCUCGGAUUCAGCUUUAUUAUAUGUAAUCCUAUCUCCCGUCGGAUCUUACUUUAUAUCUCCAGGUCAGCAAGUCGGGAUUUCCCUGCUUGCAGAUCCUAGAUAUACGAGAGCCUGGCCUGGCGGUUGUGGUGAUGUCAAAUUAGGUAGCAAUUAUGGACCUACGAUUCAUAUUCAACAAGAAGCCGUUGAGAAAGGUUUACAUCAAGUACUGUGGCUGUAUGGCGAGAAUAAUGAACUGACAGAAAUUGGCACCAUGAAUGUCUUUGUCGUUUAUAUAAAUGAUAACGGAGAAAUGGAAUUACUUACACCACCCUUGAAUGGUUUGAUUUUACCCGGUAUUGUGAGAAGCUCACUUCUAACUAUAGCUAGACAAUGGAACCAAUUUAAAGUUACGGAGAAAUCUAUCACCAUGAAAGAGAUCAUGCAAUUACUUUCGGAAAACAGGCUUUUAGAAAUGUUUGGAGCGGGAACUGCAUGCGUAAUUAGCCCCGUGUCUUAUAUUAACUUCCAUGAUCAAAUAUUGUAUGUACCAACGAUGGAACAACCCAAACCAAUUUAUCAGAGGCUCAAGAAACAUUUAUUGGACAUACAAUAUGGUGUUAUACCUGAUCAUCCGUGGAGUUUAGUUAUUGAUUGAAAUGUUGAUAUAAAAUUGUAUUUAAAAUUAUUUGAUUUCUAGCCAUAUUAAUCGCCAUAUUCAGACACACGCAUACACAUGCACAUACACACAUUCAUUUGUAUGGAGUUAUAUGGAAUGAGUUAAGUUAAUAUUUAUUUAUAUUUGUGAAAAAAGUACAAUACAUAUAAAACUCAAGUGUGAAGUAUAAUCGUGCGUUGUACAUAAAUUUUAUACAUAACGUACUGAUGACUGGUACAUAUAUAAAUAUACGUUGGAAUAUAAACUUAAA